GCAUAAAGUAAAUAAAUAAAGGGGGUGUGGCAAAGCUGGAAAAGAUUGUGGACCACCAAAACAGACACGUUUACUAAGAACUGGAGCUGCUCUCAGGCUGCUAAGAUCUGAUUGAAGAGAACAAAGAAAUAUCCAGGGGCUUUAAAAAUGGCCUACUUACUCAUUUUUGUCACCAUGCUGCAUCUCAUCACGCUGGCCAUGCUGUUUAUUGCAACCAUGGAAAAGUCUUGGUGGGUGUGGAAUCCCACAGAAAGUUCAGACCUUUGGUACAACUGUAGGCUUGACAACUCUACAGGAACCUGGCUAUGUGCAACCACCAAAGAAACAGAGUGGCUUCAGGCUGUACAGGUCCUCAUGAUUCUCUCAGUGGUCUUCUCCUCAGUCUCCUUUUUGGUGUUCUUGGGCCAGCUGUUCACUAUGUCAAAGGGCGGACUGUUCUACUUCACAGGACUGUGUCAGGUCUUUGCAGGUCUGACUGCUUUUUCUGCUGCACUAAUCUACACUCUGCACAAUAAGGAAAUCCUCCCAGACUCAAAAAGCCCGACAUCAGGAGACUUUGGCUAUUGCUAUAUCUUGGCCUGGGUGUGCGUCCCUUUGUUGUUGUGUAGCGGAGUAAUGUAUAUCCACCUGCGUAAGAAGGAAUGACCAGACAAAGAAGAUCGGCAUUGGCAGCUUUAAGGUUUAUGGAACUCAGUUCAGAUUUUUGGAGACGCAGCUUUUGAAAAAGCAAAAUGACAUAAGGGCUCUCUCUUUAUCUAAUGUUUUAAUUGUAUCUGUAUAUAUCAAAGCAGAACAUAUAUAUGAACCAGCUAUUCUGCUCUGAGUUCUCGACUUGUACGACAUCUGCUUUAAUAGAACAUUUUUGUAACCUUUUCCCUCAAACUUUUUAUGUAAAAUGCCUUUUUGCUAAAUCUUCAAAUAAAUAUCACAAAAAGGAAA